UCAUUCACCUUCUUCCCCUUUCUACCCAAAUAACACAAAGACUAAACCCCUUUUCACACUCUCCCCAGCUUCUUGAUCAUGGAUUUCAGUCGCACAAUUACUCUUGCUCUCUUCUUGGCUGCUUCCACUCUCGCCGUCCAAGCCAGAAUUCCCGGCGUUUAUCAAGGCGGCGCGUGGCAAACCGCCCAUGCUACGUUCUACGGCGGCAGCGACGCCUCCGGCACUAUGGGCGGUGCUUGUGGGUAUGGGAAUCUGUAUAGCGCAGGGUACGGGGUGAACACGGCGGCGCUGAGCACGGCGCUGUUUAACAAUGGGUUCAGUUGCGGAGCUUGCUUUGAGAUAAAGUGCGACAACGAGGCGGGGUCGACGUGCCACCCUGGGCGCCCCUCCAUUCUCAUCACCGCCACCAACUUCUGCCCGCCCAACUACGCCUUGCCCAACGACCACGGCGGCUGGUGCAACCCUCCCCGCCCCCACUUCGACCUCUCCAUGCCCAUGUUCCUCAAGAUCGCCGACUACCAAGCCGGCAUUGUCCCCGUCACUUAUCGCCGCGUGCCUUGCCGUAAGCCUGGAGGGAUCAGAUUCACGAUCAACGGCCACCGUUUCUUUAACUUGGUGUUGGUGACUAACGUGGCGGGCGCAGGGGAUGUUGUUAAGGUGAUGAUAAAAGGAUCAAGAACUAAUUGGAUACCGUUGAGUCGUAACUGGGGGCAAAAUUGGCAAACUAACGCGAUGCUCGUGGGACAACCGCUAUCCUUUAGAGUCAAAAGCAGUGAUCAUCGCACUUCCACUUCGUGGAACAUUGCUCCUUCUAAUUGGCAGUUCGGUCAAACUUUUGUUGGCAAGAAUUUCAAAAUCUAAUUUUAAUCCCCAAAAAUUUAUAUCAAAAAGAGGAAAAAGGAAUUGAAGAACUUGACCAGUGCCCUUUUCAUCGCAUUGCUUUUAAUUCUAAUCUCUUUUUAUUUUCUAGAUUUUCGAGCCCCUCAAUGCAAAAGUGAGGGAUGGUAAGUGUGAAAAUUGAGAGUUUUUUAGUGGGAAAUUAGAAUAGGAGAAAAUUUAGGAGGCUUGUCUGAACAUUUCGACUACUGAUUGUAAUAUAUUUGACUAUUUGAGUGCUUGGAGAAAGUGCAGCAUUAUGGAGCCACA